AUGAUUGGGUUCAAGAUUGGAAUUAUUUAUCUUCUUCAUAUAAUUAUACAAAAAACAGUAUAUGCAAGAAUACAUACAAAUCAAUGGUUAGUACGUUUGAAACAUGAUGGAGACAACAGAGAUCAGUUAACACAUUCAGCAAACAAAAUAGCCAGAGAACUUGGUUUCAUGCCAUUGAAUUAUCAUAAUUAUGGUGAACCAAAUGAAUUUGUAUUUAAGCAUUUAGGCCUACCACAUGCACGUGGUACACCAAGCCAUAUUCAUAAUGAACGCUUAAAUAAACAUCCACAAGUAGCGAAUGCUGUACAAAUUGAAGGAUUUGUUCGUAGGAAACGUGGUUUCCGUCCAUUAUCUUCUGAUGGUUUAAGUCGAAUAGACCUACCAAAAGCAAGAGUACUAUCAGAUAAAGAAGAAGAAUUAAGUGAACUGAGAAGUAGAACAGAUCCAUUAUUUUCAAAGGAAUGGUAUUUACACAAUGUAGGUCAAGCUGAUGGUGUUCCUGGAUUGGAUUUAAAUGUACUGUCUGCAUGGUCACAAAAUAUCACCGGUCGUGGAGUGAUUACCGCCAUUAUGGAUGAUGGUGUGGACUACUUACAUCCGGAUAUAGCAGAAAAUUAUGCGGUAGAGGCAAGUUAUGACUUUUCAAGUAACGAUGCCUUUCCGUAUCCUCGGUAUACAGAUGACUGGUUUAACAGUCAUGGUACACGAUGUGCUGGUGAAGUUUCUGCUAUAGCUGGAAAUGGUAUUUGUGGUGUUGGCGUUGCACCGGGUUCCAAAGUGGCUGGACUACGAAUGUUAGAUCAGCCGUAUAUGACUGAUUUAAUUGAAGCAGCUGCAAUGGCUUAUGCACGUGAUCUUAUAGAUAUAUAUUCAGCUAGUUGGGGGCCUACAGAUGAUGGAACAACUGUUGAUGGUCCAAGAAAUCAGACUAUGCGUGCUCUUGUUGAUGGCGUAAAUAAUGGUCGUAAAGGUAAAGGAAGUCUUUAUGUUUGGGCAUCAGGAGAUGGUGGAGAGAAUGAUGACUGUAACUGUGAUGGUUAUGCAGCAAGUAUGUGGACAAUAAGUAUUAACUCUGUUACAAACGAUGGUCAUACAGCUGUUUAUGAUGAAUCUUGUGCUUCAACACUUGCAUCGACAUUUUCAAAUGGUAAAAGUCCAUUUGUUCAUGAUGCUGGAGUAGGAACUAUUGAUUUAUACGGAAAUUGUACACUUCAUCAUUCAGGUACAUCAGCAGCAGCACCAGAGGCUGCUGGUGUUUUCGCUUUGGCAUUAGAAGCUCAACCAGAACUCACUUGGAGAGAUGUACAACAUUUAACUGUGCUUACAUCGAAACGUAAUCAUCUAUACGAUAGACAACAUAAUCAUAAUUGGACAAUCAAUGGUGCUGGUUUAGAAUUCAAUCACUUAUUCGGUUUUGGAGUACUAGAUGCUGGUGAUAUGGUACAUCUAGCAAAAAAUUGGAAAACUGUACCUGAACGCUUUCAUUGUAUUGCUGGAACAUUUAAUGGACGCAAGAUUGCACGUCUUGGUGAACCGAUUCGCUUAGAAUUGAAUACUGAUGCAUGUAUGGGAAGUCCAAUAAAUCAAGUAAGUUUAUGUACUACAUAUAUUUUAUCUAAUAACAAAAACAAACAAUACUCUUAAACGUAUGUUCUUGGUGAAAAGAUUUUCAAGUGAAAUGAUAUUUUCAGUUUGAAAAUUUAAUUUACAAUUUACAGCUGACACAGUUCGAGGUGAAAUCUCACUACAGUUUCCUUUGGAAACCAAAAUUAUGCAAAUUACAAUAUAUAUAUGGUCUGCUUGAUCUUAUUCAGUGAUGAUCAAGAAAGCCAGCAUAGCUGUACAUACUACUGAUUGACAGAUUUCAGUAGUUGGAUACUACUGAUAUCAAAAACACUUAGUGCUUGCUAGUCGGAUCAAAGUGAUCUAAACACCGGUUGGUCGUUUGUCUGGAGCUCAGCUCAUCAGUGGUGAUGCCUAGCUACUUAUUAAUCAACCAGCAGCAUGUAACAUUCUCGAGAAAUAUUGAUUCGUUAUAUCAUCACGAUUAAUUUAUCGAAGUGAAAUAGAAUAAUUCCUGCAAAGAUUCGUCGAUGUUCUUGUCGAUAUCUAGAAUUGAAGUUAAGAAGGAAAAUAACCUUAAUCUUGAGGUGUCAAAUAGCUUAGCUGAAACAUCGUUAACUGAAGCAGUGAGUCACUUUGCAGAUACACCUUAUUGAUAAGUGCCAAUAAGUACGA